AUGAAUCCUAACGCUGAGAUUGUGGGUAAGUCGCAGGCGCUAAUGGUCAACGUUAGCGCAUCCAAAGGUCUUCAGGGUGUGCUUAAAUCAAAUCUCGGCCCGCGUGGUACGCUUAAGAUGCUGGUUGGCGGCGCCGGUCAGAUCAAGCUCACGAAAGAUGGCAAUGUACUAUUGCACGAGAUGCAGAUUCAGCACCCGACGGCGGCGCUUAUUGCUCGUGCGGCGACGGCCCAAGAUGACGUGACGGGCGACGGAACCACGUCCACUGUUCUCUUCAUUGGAGAGCUACUGAAGCAAGCAGAGCGCUUCUUAGCCGACGGUCUACAUCCACGAAUUCUGUCUGAAGGCUUCGAAAUUGCCAAGGACGAAGCGUUACGAGUGCUUGAUAGUAUCAAAACUGUAAACAAAGAAAUCCUCAAGGACCGCGAGCUGCUUUGUAGUGUUGCUCGCACAUCGCUACGAACCAAGCUGGACCAAAAACUUGCCGAUCAACUCACGGAUAUUAUCACGGAUGCUGUGCUAACCAUUGCGGUUCCUGAGCGUCCCAUCGAUCUGCACAUGAUUGAAAUUAUGCACAUGAUGCAUCAGAGUAGUAGUGAUACUCGUCUUGUGAAGGGUCUUGUGCUUGAUCAUGGCUCUCGUCAUCCAGACAUGCCCACAUCUCUAGAGAAUUGUUACAUUAUGACUUGCAACGUAUCGCUCGAGUAUGAGAAAAGUGAAGUUAAUUCGGGCUUUUUCUAUAACAGUGCUGAUCAGCGUGAAAAAAUGGUUGAAGCUGAGCGCAAGUUUACAGAUGAUAAAGUGCGUCAAAUUAUUGAUUUGAAGCGCGAAGUGUGCACGGAAGAAAAUAAGAAAACCUUUGUGGUAAUUAAUCAAAAGGGUAUUGACCCAUUGUCUCUGGAUAUGCUGGCCAAGGAAGGUAUUCUAGCCUUGCGCCGUGCAAAGCGUCGUAACAUGGAGCGCAUCACGCUUGCUUGUGGUGGAAUGCCCAUUAACUCGACGGAAGAUAUGGAUGAGUCUAUGCUUGGGUACGCUGGUAAGGUGUAUGAGCAGACUCUAGGUGAGGAGCGCUACACGUUUGUGGAAGACGUGCAGCAUCCAAAGUCGUGUACGGUUUUGAUUAAGGGUCCUAAUGAGCACACGAUUGCGCAGAUAAAGGACGCUAUUCGCGAUGGCGUACGUGCUGUCAACAAUGCUAUUGAGGACAAGGGUGUCGUUCCCGGUGCUGGUGCUUUUGAGCUCGCUGCUCACGAGGCACUUAAUAAGCUUAAAGGCAUGGUGAAAGGUCGAGCUAAGCUCGGUGUCCAGGCAUUUGCGGAUGCUCUGCUGGUGAUUCCAAAAGUGUUGGCAGAAAACUCUGGUCUCGAUGUACAGGACACUUUGAUUGCUGUACAGGAAGAGCAUCAGAAUUCAGGCAUGCCUGUGGGCAUCGAUCUUUUCUCAGGUGAGCCCAUGUUGCCGGAACAGGAGGGUAUUUGGGACAACUAUCGAGUAAAGCGACAGUUUAUUCACCUUGCCACCACGUUGGCGUCUCAAUUGCUGCUUGUGGAUGAGGUCAUGCGUGCUGGUAAGCAGAUGAGCGGUGGAGGUAUGCCCGAACAGUAA